ACAAGUGACACAUACCUAUUUUCGAUAAGAAUUUUAUUGUGUAUUAAAGUUUAGAAUGAAAUGUGAGGGACAAAAUCAUCCAUUCAUUUUAUGGGCUGCAUGUUUUUUGUGGUUAAUAUCAUUUUUUUCAAUAACAUGGUCGCUGCUGAUGUUUUUUUUUCUAGGAGACAUGUUAUGGAUAACUGGCACAGAUCUAGUCAACGCGUUUUUGCUGCUUUUGGGAAUAAUAAUGCUUCCUACUAAUGUUCACAUAUUGUAUUCUAUUGCUAAUGGAAAGAAAAUUGAUCAUAAAGCCAAAGUGGUCUGUUGUCCAUUGUGGUUAAGUGUAUUUUGGAUCGUAAUCAUAGCCAUUGCGGCUAUAAUUAUAUGCAUCGAUCGAAUAUACUCGUGUCAAGAAGCUACCUCAAAACACCUUAAUAUUAGCAUGAAGAAUUAUAGAAGUUUCUUAAACUAUAAAAAGUUUAUGGAUAACUUACAGUGGUCGUUAAAGUGCUGUGGGAUAAACUCAUAUAAAGACUGGUUCAGUUAUGAUUGGUAUGACCAAAUGAGAGAUUAUGAAUGGGAUCCAUCCCUAUACAAGCGUAAUAAGAAAGAACCAUUGGUAACAGACAGCGUGCCUUUAAGUUGUUGCAAAAGUGGUUCCUGCAUAUCUAAUUACUUAUUGGAGCUGGGAACAAAUUCAAUCAAUACAAAGGGUUGCGGAAAACGUUUACGUCGAGUUAUAAUGUUGUCAAUGUCUGCAUAUUUAAUAAUUUUUAUUUUAAUAAUAAUAGUUGAGCUUUUGAUUGUAAGAUUUUUAAUCAAACAGAAUAAUUAUUGUGGAAAUCAGCGAUCUGGUAAAAAAACAGAAGUUAGGCACAUAAUGUCUGUAAACGAUAAAUUUCAUGUAUCCAGCGCUUCAUGUCAAUUAGAUCCUGAAGAAAGUGACGAUGAAGAGGCAUCAAGGAAUACUGAAGUAGAAAAUUUGAAAAUGGACAUGUUCAAAUAAAAAGUAGACAACUCUGCUUAGAUAAAGAACCAUGGUAUUUUUAUCAGUGGUGAAUUGGGUGAGAAGCCGAGGCCCAGAUGAAUUUUGGAGAAAAAGGAAAAUUUUUCGUUUAGCAGCGCACUAUAUAG